CUUUGCUGCUCCUCCUCCUCCUUCCUUUUUAACCAGCCGCUUCCCCCCUAUAAUAAGUCCCCCUCCUCCCCACCCGAUCCUACACGCAUCCAUACGCGCUGCGCACACCAUCCAACAAGAGACGAAAAGAAGGGAAAGGAAGCCAUGGCGCCGAGGACGUCGGAGAAGGCGGCGGCGGCGGCGGCACCGUCCGCUGCGGCGGCGACCGGUCUUGCGCUCGGCGUGGGCGGCGGAGGAGGUGGAGGUGUCGGGACGCACUUCAGGGGCGUGCGGAAGCGUCCGUGGGGCCGGUACGCCGCGGAGAUCCGCGAUCCGGCGAAGAAGAGCCGCGUGUGGCUGGGCACGUACGACACGGCCGAGGAGGCGGCGCGCGCCUACGACGCCGCCGCGCGCGAGUACCGCGGCUCCAAGGCCAAGACCAACUUCCCGCUGUUCCCGUCCGCGCUCGCCACGGCCGUGCCCGUCGGUGUCGCCGGCGGAGACGGAAGCCGUAGCAGCAACAGCAGCACCGUGGAGUCGUUCGGCGGCGACGUCCAGGCGCCCAUGCAGGCCAUGCCGCUCCCUCCGGCCUCCCUGGAGCUCGACCUCUUCCACCGCGCCGCCAACGCCGCGGGCGGUGCAGGCGCCGGCGUAAGGUUCCCGUUCAGCGGCUACCCCGUGUCCCACCCGUUCUACUUCUUCGGCCAGGCCGCGGCGGCGGCCGCCGCCGGGUGCCACGUGUACGGCAGCAGCAUGCCGCCGCAGGUGACGGUGGCGGCCGUGUCCCAGAGCGACUCCGACUCCUCGUCGGUCGUGGAUCUGGCGCCGGCGCCGCCGCCCGCCGCCGCGUCGGCGCAGAGGGCGCCCGUCGAUUUUGACCUGGACCUGAACGGCCCGCCGCCGGCGGAGCUGCUCUGAUCGUUUGGGCGCCGGAGUUUUUUAGCUGAUAUGAUCAUGACUCGCUAGUAGUUUCGUUCGUCGGUUCUUUUUUUUUUCUUGUAUGUUUAGGCGUCCGGCCCUCUCGCGUAACGGAGGCGAGGGUAGAUCUGUAAAUACGGUUUCCUUUUUUUCGCCGGCGGAGGAGAAGAGUACAGUGGUUAGCUUGAGAUGGAAGAAGACCCGAGAUGUACUGCCGCCCAAGGCAAGGCAAGUCCUGCCGGCGUUGUUAUGGACCGAAUUAUAUUGAGCUAUUACUACUUUGACA